AUGGAGAUGAACAAUGAGGAGAUUGUCAUGGACUCGAUAACCGAUUCGUCGGAUUGGUCGACAUCCGACGAUUCCGACAUUGAUGAGUUGUUGCAAGACGACGACGUCGAGAUGAUGAGCCGCGCGUCCUCCUCCCUGCCCCGGCAGCGCCUCCUCCUCCCCGCUUGGGCGUCCCCUCCCGCCUCCCCUGCGCCGCCGCGGCCCGGCCGCCCUCCCGCCUCCCCUCCCGCCCAGGAGCCGGCAUCGAGGAGCCGCGCCCCGGUCGCCCAGGCCGUCCAAGCCGCGCCGUCGCCCUGCCCUCCCGCCCUGCCCCGGCCACCCUCCCGCCCACUAGUUAGUGACUGUCCUUUGCAGAUGGAGAUGAACAAUGAGGAGAUUGUCAUGGACUCGAUGUCCGAUUCGUCGGACUGGUCGACAUUCGACGAUUCCGACAUUGAUGAGUUGUUGCAAGAAGACGACGUCGAGAUGAUGAGCCUCUUCAUCGAUGUGCAAUCGUUUGAAUACCGCGUGAAGCUGAUGGAUCAGAGGAGAGGGUCGAAGAUGGGGCGAGUCACCAUCUACCGGAACCGCGCUCUCGGACACGAGCAUUUGAUGGAAGGCUACUUCGCGGAGGUACCUACAUACCCUCCUCGUCUCUUCCGCAGAAGAUCUCCUUUGUUCAAAAGAUUAAUUUCUGGGGAUGCUCCAGCUUGCAACUACAAAAUCAUGGACAAUGAGUACUCAAUGGGAUACUAUCUCACCGAUGGCAUCUAUCCCGAAUGGGCAACUCUUGUGAAGUCCAUCAAGGAGAAAAAUGGGGUGCCCUUAACAAGAAAAGAGGCUCAUUUCACCAAGGCACAAGAGGCAGCCCGCAAGGAUAUUGAGAGAGCUUUCGGUGUUUUGCAAGCAAGUAAUGCUCUUAGAAAAGUCAAGGACGAGAAGCUCUCCGCCUCCACGUCUACUGAGGAGCUCUUUUACGGUACCCUGGUACUCCCAAACGACAUCCAAGAGCACCGUGCAGAUCUGGCCGUCCGCACGGAGGGGCAAGGAAGUCAUUUCCCAAACUGCAGUCCGCACGCACAGACAGUCCAAAGCGCAGCACGGGCGAUUCUGAAGAAAAAAAACAGAACACUCGAUCUAAAUCCCAUUUCGUUUCUGUGGUGGCGGCGUGACCCUCGCGAUAAGGCCGUGCGGCGCCCCCGACAUCCCCGAGCGCCGCCGUCCGACACCACCGCGCGCCACCACCGUUCGCUGCGCGGCGCCGACGUCCCGCCGUCGUACACCCCCGCUUGGGGCCGACGUGCGCCGUUCCACACCCCCGUCCGACCCAGAGAGUGCGGCCGUCCGACAUCCCGAGCGCCUCCGUCCGACACCAGCGCGCACCACCGCCAUUUGCCGUCCAGGUCGACGUUCUUCGACCCCGCCACCCGAGUCCUGCCCUCGCCAUCCCUCCAGCGGUUCCUGCCGCCGCCACCUGCCGACGCGCCCACACGCCGCAUAAUUUUAGGCUGCGCCGCCACCUGCCAGACAAUCGCCUGCCGGAUAAUUAGAGAACAGGUUUGGAGGAUGGAUGGUCAUAGUGCUAGCUUGGAGGAGAUAGAAGAAUAUCACAUGAUGGUUAGUCAGAUGUUUGCAAGCGAGAAGCAAGGUUACGAGCACUACAACAGAUAUGCAAGAGCAAAAGGUUUUAGUGUCAGAUUGGAUGACAAGGAGUACGUGAAGGGCACCAGAGAGGUGAAAGCAAGACGUUUCUGCUGCUCUAAAGAAGGGCACCGAUUGGAGAAGUACUUUCAAGCGACUGACCAAAAAAGGGAGCCACGGGCGCUGACCCGUUGUGGUUGCAAAGCUAUGCUUGAGAUCCAACAUGAUGCAGGCAGGGGUCAGUGGUUUGUUAAGAAGUUUGUUGAUGUCCAUAACCACCCGCUAGCCGACCCGGACCAAUCUGCUUUUCUACGGUCUCACCGUCGGAUGAACGAUGCUCACAAGGCUGAUGCAGUGGAAUACGGACUUGGUGGUCUCCGUACGUUCCAAAUCAUGAAUGUGGCAGAGAAACAAAACGGCGGCUAUCCUCAUGUUGGGUAUAUUUCCCGAGACCUCUACAAUUUCUUCGCCAGGUACAAGAAAAAAAGAAUCUUAGGCAGGGAUGCUGACUUUGUGCUGAACCAUAUGAGAGUACAGGAAGAACGAGAUGUUGAGUUUUUCUUCAAAUACACCACAGAUGAUGAAGGACAUCUUCGAAAUUUAUUCUGGGCAGAUUCACAGUCUUAGAUUGAUUAUGAAGCAUUCGGCGAUGUAGUUGUGUUUGACAGCACUUGUCGGGUCAACCGCUACAAUCUCCCUUUUGUUGCAUUUGUUGGACUGAACCAUCAUCGUAGUACUGUUGUUUUCGGGAUUGGUGUUGUUUCAGAUGAGACCCACAAGUCAUACGAGUGGCUACUUCAGACCUUUGUAGAUGCGAUGGGUCAUAAGGAGCUCAUAUCUGUUAUCACAGAUGGAGACUCGGCAAUGAGAAAAGCAAUUAGGAAGAUUUUGCCAAGGACAGACCAUCGGCUAUGCAGUUGGCACAUUGAGCAGAACAUGAUACGCCACCUGCGUAAUCCAAUGCUUGAUGACUUCAGAAAACUCAUAUACUGUCGAAUGGGAGUUUACCAGUUUGAGAAAUCAUGGGCUGAGUUCAAGGCGAAUUAUGAGAUCGAAGAGGAGAAUGAAUGGAUGUCCAGAAUGUACAAACUUAGGAAAAAGUGGGCCGCAGCUUAUAUCAAGGGACGAUAUUUCUUGGGUAUGCAGAGCAACCAGCGUAGUGAGAGUUUGAACUCUAGGGUCCACAAUCAGCUGGACCGGAAAAUGUCCUUGGUUGAUGUGGUGGAGCACACUGAGCACUGCAUAUCACGUAUGCGGAGGAACGAGGCCGAGUUGGAUGCAAUAUGUUCGCAGUCAGUUCCUUUCACUAGAAUAGAUGCUUGUCUGUUGGAGAUAAAUGCUGCUCGUAUUUAUAAACCAAAAUUUUUCAAGAUGGUAAGAGAUUGUAUCCGGAGAUCAUGUGCAUGGGUGAUUCAAGAGCAAACAACAGUAAAUGACUUGGUCAGGUAUGAAGUAGUGUUAAAAGAUGGAGCGGAAGGAGGGAGCAGACGUCUGUUCUCUGUAGAGUGUUCUUUUGAUGGUUCGUUGAUGAAUGGUGUCUUCUGUCCUUGCCGUAAGAUGGAGUGUGAAGCCAUCCCUUGCGCGCACAUUUUUGCUGUUCUGGUUUUCGUAGGGGCAGCGACCAUUCCUCCAUGUUGUGUUAGCAAAAGGUGGACAAUGGAAGCCAAGGCUGCAUUCAUGUCAGUGAGAAAUGCAAAUACACAUGUGUGGUCAGAAGAGAUGAGUCGUUACCGUGAACCGAAAAACAUAGCUAGUAUGGCCCUAUUCAAAGUAUCAAAAAGCGGGGAGCGUUCGCAGCAGGUGAAAGAUUAUCUCCAAAGUAUCAUCGAUGGGCCCAUCCAGAAUGAUGAUAACACCGAGGAGACAACAUUUGGUCCUAUACCCUCUCACUACUCUGCCGCAAGCCAAGCUUCAGCGGAGAGAGUCCUUGAUCCAAAAAUAGUCGACACAAAAGGUGCUCCAUGCAAGAAGAGAAUGAAGCCAUUUCACGAGACGUUGAGGGAAACGAGCGGGCGGAAGAAGAGAACUAGAAGCUGCGGCCAAUGUAAAAGUUCCGAACAUGACAGGCGGAAAUGUCCAGAUUUAGGGAAAUAAAAUUGAUAGAAGCACAGUACCAAAUAUGGUAUACACGCGUGCACCAAAGUUAUUUCAGCUGGCACAAGUGUGGUCACAUCAACCAACUGAGCCCCAAGAAGAUCGAGAACUAUGUUGGCAGUAGACAUUUUUAUGGACCUGUUAAAUCUGUUGGCGUGACAGAGUUUAUGUUUUGUUAUCAUCCAUGGCUAUCGUUGAACCUUGUUUAGUUUGCUUGCAGACACUUAUCACUUUGGUCGUGAUACUUGACGACUAUUGAUUUUUUUCAUAUCUGCUCGGUUUGUUUUGCUA